AUGAACGAUACGUGCUCUGCUGCACUCGAUGACUUCUACUGUUCACGCCCACGCACACUUCAUGUGAUGCCUGUUGGACGUCUUUCAAUUUCAAACCCUAAUUCUAAUGUUGAUUUACGCAAUUUAAACCUCAAGAAUAUUCAUGUGAAUGGCAAUAUGGAUUAUAGAAACAAUAUGACUUUAAUCACUAGAAACAUUUUCAAUGCCAAAUUCAAUAAGAGUUUUGAUGGAACUUUAUUGAAUAGCUAUCAAAAGAAAAAAAUCGAUGGACUGAUCAAGCUGUCCAAUAGUAAUAGCAACUCUUCAAACAGUUUGACAUUACAAGACAAUGAUAACACAUGCUAUACGCUUAGAAGGUCACAACAAAGUGGUGGUCGUGUUUCUCGUAAUAGUAGUGUAUGUAACUUCCAUCUCAACUCCGAUUCCGAUUCCGAUUCCGAACGUGAUUUGAGCGAUAGCCGGAUGGACAGCCGACUCCUUUCGGCCGACGACAUCGGCGAACUGGGACUUGGCUCGGAUUGUUUGACUGAUUUGGAUACUGCGUCCGACUCCGAAUCCGAAUCGCCCGAUAUGAUGCUUUCCAAGACUGUUGCAAGAGCAGGGGUAAACGAACCAACUAAUGUUACUACUGCUACUCCUGCAGACACUAAUACCGAUUACAACAAGAAUAACAAUUCUAGUUCUAAUGGAUUCCAUUUUCUGGGGUUCAAGAACGUAGCUAGACCCAAAAGUUAUGAUAGUGAUGUCAGUGGUGAUGAAGAGGAAGAGGAAGAGGAAGAGGAAGAUGAGAAAUCUCAAAUCUUUAUAGAGGAGGAGGAAGUACAGCCUCGUAAACGUGUAACUACAUAUACUUUGAGUAGCUCAAACAAUGAAGAUGCAGAUGUUGAAGAAGAGGAAGAAGAUUUGUUGAUGGAUAUCUCGGAGGAUUUAUUACAGUAUUAUUCGGAUGAUGAGCUUUCGAAUGAUGAUACUAAUGAAACAUUAUUAUUCCCCGACAAGGAUUCCGACGAGGAAAGUGAAUCGGACUUAACUUCAAAUCGUUUGUAUUGCCUAGAUGAUUUGGAUGAAGAAUGGUUGAAUUUCUAUAUAAAUCACGAGCUGGUCUCGAAAAAGGAUAAACCACUCUCUUCUUCCACUUCAUCCAACGACACCAUCAAAGGAGUGGCUUUGAGAUGUAAUGAACCUUGUGAGUUGCUAGACGACUCGUGUUGUAAUAAUCUUUGGAAAGUACGUAGGUGUAGAGAUCAAAAGACCGGAUAUAUCCCUGCAGAUUAUUUGGAAACUCGUCAAGAACGUCUGGCACGUCAUAACGCCUGGAAAAAUGCAAGAGCAAGUAUGUGUUAUUGUGAAUCGGAUAUGGAUACUCCAAUCAUACAAAAGAAAAAUACAGGACGUGUUAGGUUCACCAUGGAUCCUAUCGCUAUAAACAAACAGUAA